CCUAAGUUGCCGUCUUGACACGCCCGCGUCAAAAAUACGAAUGUAACGUAAUUAAUUCGAUGUAUUCGUACCAUCGUUAUGUGAAAUAGUGACCAGUGUUGUGUGUGCAGUGCAAUGGAAUAUUUAAUACUGUGUUUGCAAGAUAUUCAAAACUAGUUUAAAUUUUACAAUGAUAACGUGGUAAAUGGUUUGGGGGAAAAGUUAUAUGAAACAAAAUGGUCGAUUUAUAGUACUAGCUAACGUACUCUACCUUAAGCGGUGGUGGUGGAAGCGGAAAAAUGUUAAUACUGAUUAUAGUGCAAUUCAUCACACUCCCAGUACUGACUUCGAGAACUGUCAGAGGAGAGACCACAAUGGAAGACAAAAACGUACCACUUAUUAGCUCAAGAGUUGUUAGAACAAAAUAUGGGGACAUCAGAGGUUUUAUCGUGACACCGGAAUCAAGAUUCCUUGAACCUGUAGAAGUUUUUCGAGGAAUACCAUAUGCAUCACCACCAGUCGGUAAUUUAAGAUUUAUGCCUCCUGUUACUGGAGCUCAGUGGUCCGGAGUAAAGAUAACGGAAGAGUUUAGUCCAGUUUGUCCACAAAUUCUUCCUGACAUAAGAAAUGAGACUGCCGUCUUAAAAAGAAUAUCUAAAGGAAGGCUGGAAUAUUUGAAAAAAAUAUUACCCUUUUUGACGAAUCAAUCAGAAGACUGCCUUUAUUUAAAUAUCUAUGCUCCAGCGCAAGCAGGUGUAAGGGAUGCGGUAGCCAGAUAUCCAGUCCUGGUGUUCGUGCAUGGAGAGAGUUAUGAAUGGAGUUCUGGCAACCCAUACGAUGGCACCGUGCUCUCGUCCCACGCCGGCCUUGUGGUUGUUACCAUUAAUUAUAGAUUGGGAAUUUUGGGUUUUCUCAACCCUCGUUCAGAUGACUACCCACGUGCUCCCGCCAACUACGGUUUAAUGGACCAGAUAGCAGCUCUGCACUGGAUCAAAGAGAACGUGGCCGUAUUUGGAGGCGAUCCCACUAAUGUGACUCUCAUGGGACACGGGACGGGCGCUGCGUGUGUUCAUUUCCUGCUUACCUCGCUUGCUGUGCCUGAAGGUCUAUUAUUCCAUAGGGCCAUUUUAAUGUCAGGGUCAGGACUGAGUCCGUGGUCUUUAGUAGCCGACCCCAAUAAGUAUGCAGAUAUAGUUGCAAAUCACGCCAACUGCCCUCCUGAACGUACUCCACCGGACGUGCUCCGAUGUUUACGAGAGAGGCCAUUAGAAACGCUUCUAUCUGCUCCAAUACAGGCACCAGACUUCUCAUACGCAUUUGGGCCUAGUGUGGAUGGCGUUGUCAUCGACACUGGAGAUACUUCCAUUAACCACGAGCCAAGCUCUGAAUGGCAAGCAGCGAGGGCUCCUCUCGGCAAGGGUGCCACCGCCGUGAACAUAAUAAAUGCGGUUCUCAUGCGUAAAAGUGCCAUUGCACAGCUCACGAAAUACGACCUCAUGCUCGGAGUUACUAAGGCGGAAGCGUAUUUUGCCUUCAGUGGAGACGAUGUACAAUAUGGCAUUGAAGCUGACAGAAGAUCGAAGAUUUUAAAAUCUUUUGUUCGAAAUACGUAUUCUUAUCACUUAUCAGAAAUUCUGGCCACUAUUAUUAACGAAUACACAGAUUGGGAAAGACCAGUUCAACAUCCGAUAAAUAUCAGAGACGAGACUUUAGAAGCUCUGAGUGACGCUCAGGUAGUUGCUCCGACCGUGCUUACUGCGGAUACUCACUCCUCUUUCAGGAGGAACUCCUACUUGUACGUCUUCGACUAUCAGACAAAGUAUGGAGACUAUCCACAGGUAAUACAUCGUCAAGGGUGUAUACACGGCGAGGAGUUGCCGUAUAUAUUUGGAGCACCCUUAGUCGGCGGGUUGGCUCACUUCCCCCGAAACUAUACCAAAUCUGAAGUAGCAUUGUCGGAAUCGGUUAUGUUGUAUUGGGGCAAUUUUGUAAAGUCAGGUAAUCCAAAUGAAGCCCCAGAUAGCGAUAUAAUUCGAGCGGGAAGACAAGAAAGAGUACGACUGAAAAACAUCGAAUGGACUGCAUAUGAAGCCGUCCAUAAAAAAUAUUUGAAUAUUGACAUUAAAUCUAAACUAAAGAAUCAUUACCGUGCUCAUAGGUUAUCAUUUUGGUUAAAUUUGGUACCAGAUCUUCACAGACCAGGUGGUGAGGAUGUACCUCAAUCGCAUCAUCAGCUAGAUCAUGAGGAGUCAUCCUUGCAGCCUACACUGAAAACUUUUACUCCACCAUUUAAGAAAACAACGGAAAUGCUGUUAACGGAUACCGGUUUGGCCACAAAAGUUCCACUUCUAUCACUUUUAAAUGUGACGUCUUCCUUAAACCUUAAUGUUGGCGGACAUAAUCCAGUGACUUCCAGUACAUCGGGUGUAACUGAUAUUCACAAGUCUGAUGCAACGACGGUCGCACCACCUGAAGACGGCUUUGCUGCUUACUCGACCGCUUUGAGCGUGACCAUAGCAAUAGGCUGUUCCUUAUUGAUUCUUAAUGUUCUUAUAUUUGCUGGUGUCUAUUACCAAAGAGAUAAAACAAGAAUGAAUGGCCAAGAUCAUGCAAAUGGAUCACAUUUAAAGAAACGUGGGGAAAACGGACAAAUGCCGAACAAUAUUUGUGGUGACUUAGAAAGUGCUUUAACUUAUCAGACAAGCCUCAAAAAUGACCCUGCUACAAUUUUAGGCCAUCAUCACACUCACUCUCACCAUCAGUUACCACCUCCAGAAUUCGCUGAUCUUCCAAGUAAUAAUGUCGCAGGGAUGGCCACGUUACCUCGUGCGCCGCCACCUCCUAAGAUAGGAAAAUCCAAUAUAAAUACAUUAGCUAGUGGUCAGUUACAAGAAAAUCAGCCAUUGCUGUCUGCUCACCAGAUGCAAAUGAUAAACACAAAUACACUUACAAAGAAGAAUACGCAGUUGAACGCGAAGUCUAAUGUUACUAUGGAGGAGUUGCGAGUGUGACGUCAGCGAGCCUGACUGCAACGGGCCGGCAGUUGCAGUGAUGUGGUACACCACGACGAGAUCGUGUGACUCCCGCCGGACCUUCUAGAGUGCGUUUCGGACUAUAUAUAACUUUGACGCGCUCCAAUUUAGAAGGCGUUAACUGUGACUAAUGAGACUUGAAUUUACUAGUGAUUAUGACGUUGAGAACUAUUCAAUAACAUUAUUAUCAUAUCCAAUAAACGUUAAAUUAGUAGAGUUCGAAUUGAUCGGAGGUAAAGUGUGUGAGACGUUAAUGUAUUCGUUGUAAAUUGUUGUAAAUAAAUAAGUGGUAAUAAUUAUGUAUAUACUAUAACAACUGUUAAACCCAGCCGCAUAUCCAUCCUUAUAAUGGAAUAAUUCAUAACUAUUAUGUUGGAAAAAGAAAAUCAUUGACUUUAAAUUAUAGAAAUUAAUAAAAAGUCUUUAUUUGUUUACUUCCCCGAAUAUAGUUUCUUGUAGUUUUAUAAAAGCUAAUGUAAGUAUUAACUGCCAUUAAGAAAUUUAAAAUUUAACUUUUUAAGUGAAAAUUUAAAGACACCAAUUCUUAUGUAUAAAUCCAGUAAAUUAGAAUUAAUAUCGUUUAGAUUAAAGCACGUAUGUUUAUUUUAAAAUUAGUCAAUAAAAUAUGAGAUGCAUAAUUGUUUCUAACUUAAGUUUUAACAUAGAAGGACCAAUAGUUUUUUUUUGUAAAUAUGUAAAUAUCUUAGCUAUCGGUAUAACAGGUUGUAAUGGAAUUCUUCGCCUAGCAAUGAAUCAUUUUAUUUUAUCGCCGUGAAUUUUAAUGUUUGGUUUGGCGUAUUUUUCUUUGUUAAGAUUUUUUUUUAAUUCUAUGACACUUUUUUCAGAUUAUUGUUUAUUAUUUGUAUAUUUUUUUUUGUAUUGUAUAAAAUAAUGCAAAAAAUGUAUUAAGAUUUUAAAUCAAAAUUACAGUCAUAUGUUAAGCUCAGCGAAUACUUGCAAUAUUUUCUUUCACAAUAUUUUAAUUCUAAUUUUUUACAUUUAGUUAAAAGUUUGUGUAUAAUUUUAACGGGAUAAUUGGUAUUUUGAUUAAGUGUCUAGUCUGUACAGAGACUUAAAUUUAAUUCACCCAGAAUAAAACUUUUAAUAAAAUGAACGAGAACAAA